CUAUGGCAACGGUGACGGUGACAAUGACGACGAUGACGAUGCAACGAUGACGACAACCAAGACGAAGACGGUGUUAGAAGUUCGGAUAAAUUCGGAGAGCUUCGGGUGGGGUCGGUUCGCCGCCUUGCCUGCCAUGACUGGCCGGUCGUGGCCUCGCGGGGGGUGAGGGUGGGGGUGAGGUGGCGCGUCGGCGAGGGAAGCAGCGGCGGUGAAUCCGGCGUCGUGAUUGGUCGUCGCGUGGGAGAGCCGCCCGCCCGAGCUCACCGUGACCGGCAGUCGACAUCGAGCAUUCAGGCAGAGCACGUCGAGCAACGGAUUCGAAACUAGAAACGCAAACACGCAACCUCGGGACCUUACUACGGGCACGAUGGCCGUCCGGCGCGUGCACCGUCAACAACAACAACAACAGCAGCAACGUCGUCACCGUCGUCGUGGUGCCGUACUCGCCGUCGCGCGUGUUCUUUGUACUUACCUGCACACGGAAUCGAAGCAACAGCAGCAGCAGCAGAAUUGCGCGCUCGCUAAAGCAUCGUGGCCACCAUCGUGCGGAUACGUGGCGCGCGGACUAUGCGCCUGGUGUACGCAAUAAGAAACGAAAGAAAAAAAGGGAAAAGAUACCUAGACGCGUAUACACACACGACGACGACGCACGAGAAGUUGCUGGCAGCGCGCGCGCUAAAUACGACACACAUCACGGGGUCCAGGGGCAACUCUACACACGACUCAACCUACAUCACACACGCUCCAUCGUUACUUCCACCUUGUCCCCUCGUUUCUAUCAGCCGUGUGUAUAUUGCACGCUCCUCUCCUCCCUUGUGUGCGCCGGCCUUCCCACGCGGUCCUCGUAUCUUCGUCGAGAUUACGUUUCGGUUAAUAGGCAAGGAAACGCGCGUCGGCUGUUAAACCAUCGGCCCGCGUUUGUCCGUUCACGCGUUUGUACAUGUUUUCUCUCGUGCAUGCCUGUCGAUGAUCAUCGAUGAUACUCGUUCGAUCGUAAAUGCUAUCGUGUCGUCUCGUCUUUGUGUUUUGACUGGUGGUGCGUUUAUUGUUCGUGUUCCGAUCUCGUCUCACCGCGACGUUCUUUUUUUUAUACUUACGGUGCAACGUUCUCGUUCCUGUGCCUUUCUCGUCGAAGGAGGAAAAGAGAAAAGCGAAGCAAAGAUCAAGUAAAACAGAAAAGGGGAAAAAUAGUGUGCAUUAAAAUAUAUAGAAGCCUAACCUCCUCCGUCGACGAUAGUGGCGACGGUGGUGGAGGCGAAGGUGACGGUGACGGUGACGGUGACGGUGAAACGUUUUCUGUGUGCUCCGUGCUGUUCUUCCGUCGUUUGUAUCGUAUUGUUCGUUGUUGUGCGGGAUUAGUGACACACAGAAAUACCGAAGGGAAGGAAGUGUCUGUCGCGUCGGUGGCGUUCUUUCGUCGCGUAGUCUCGUGCGCGCGUGACAGAAGAGAGGAGCACACGCAGACGAUAAUAGAAAGAGAGAGAGAAAGAGAGAGAGAGACAGAACAGCAGCCACUGUUCCGACGGAUCGUAGCAGCCCGGUUAAGAAAAGAAGAGGAGGGAGGGAGACCUGUGGUCGAGCAUCCUUUCCUUUCGGCUCUCUCGAACCGGCGUGCCCUCACAGAGUUUGUUUCCGCUUGUUGUUCGAUACUUGUCGCUUGUGUGUUAUUCUGACCACGUCGUGUUGGGACGGACUCACGGCGGAGCCACCGGUUUUCGAAAUUCCCGCGUCGGCCGUAUCGGCCGCCUAACCUCUCCUCGGUCCGCAACUCGAGACGGACACACCUCUCGUGUUAAGUCGCCGAACGACGAAGACAGGAAAGACGGUGGCCGUCGCUCGGCCAGCAAUAAUGCCGCACGUGAGCAGCAGCGGCGGCGGCGACGAUCUCGGCAGCGAAGACGAGGUCAAGGUCUUCAAGGAUGAGGGCGAGGACGAGAAGAGGUCCUCCGAGAACCUCACGGAGGAGAAAAGUUCCCUUAUCGACCUCACGGAGUCUGAGGAAAAGGGUUCGCUCGCCGGUGGAAGUUACGCGACGACCGGCAAGACGUCAGCAAGAUCCGAUCUCAGUCCUGUUUUCGGUAAGGUAGAUCCGACGCCACAUACCUCGUCGUUCAACAUGGGCUACCUCGUCUCGCCGUACCCGUACCCCAAUGGCGCCGGAGGACCCAUUCCUGUGUCUAUGGUAAGUGUUGUUGCUGCAGUUACAAAUCAAUCGCGACAUCUACACGCAACUUUCGUGAGUACAGAAUUAGAAACUUUCUAUCGAUGA